UCACUGAAGAAUGACGACUCAGUGUCCAAAAAGGAUGUGCAGAGGAUUCUGGAGCUGAGUCACAAACAAAGAGAAGAGAUGAGAUCACUCCAGGCAGCCCUUCAGAAGCAACUGGACGAGGCGGCAGAGCGAGCUGAAAAACAUCAAGCCACGAUCAAGUUCCUGAAGAUGGAGAUGGAGAAAAAGACCAAAAUCAUCAAAGACCUACAGCAGGAGAACAAAAGCUUGAAGAAUAAACUCCUUUCUGGGAAUAAGCUGUGUGACAUACAUGCAGAAGAGUCUAAAAGAAUCCAGGCCCAACUGAAGGAGCUGAGAUAUGGAAAAAAGGAUUUAAUUUUCAAGGGUCAGCAGCUCAUGGAUCUGGAGAACAAGCUGAGAGUGGCCAAAGAAGAACUGGAGAAAGCAGCGCUGGACAAGGAGUCCCAGCUGAAAGCUUUGAAGGACACUGUCCAUAUCUGCUUCUCAUCUGUCCUACAAACCCAGACGGUGGAUUUACACAGACUGCCAGCCACGCCCACUCACUUGAUGAGAUUCUCUCCGUUUGUUAAUAACUCGAGAGUCACCUUCAGGGAGCCGCACUUGAAGGACAUCCCAAAAGUUCCCAGAAUCACAACAAGUAAAUCUCCUGUGAACAUGGAGCUGGUGAGGAGAGACGGUACAGGAGUCAAGGCCUGCCAGAUGGUAAAGGUGGGUGCUGAAUGUUUCCUCAAUCAAACAGAGAGAACAUCUGUGGAGAAAUCAGACCAACCUGCGCAACACCAGCCGAGGACUCCGGAACACACCGACGCACAGACGUCCGUGAACAGCGGGAGGAUGGAGGGAGGAAAAAAGACACAGCUGGACAAAGAACUGAGACACAACUAAAAAACACAGCUGCACAAAAACGAUGAAAAG